AUGAAAUCCAAUAAACAUAAACAGGUCCCAGCGAAAAGCUCUUCUAUCAGGUCUGGUGGUUUGAAUCACGGUCAUGAUGGCGGAGGAACGGUCGCUUCUAGAUCUACAUCGUCAUCAAGCACUAUGGGAUCUCUGCCGCCACCGAUUGGUGGUUUGAAGCUUCCACCACCCAGUGCCGGGGGAACUGUAGAUGCGAGAUCCGUGACAUCUUCAAGCACCAUGAGUUCUAUGCCGACACCUCCUGGAGCAACGGCGCUCGAGCGAGCUAACUAUUUGAGGGCUGCUCCUGGUGCUCAACGCGUUCCGGGGGAUACGGCAGCGAACGACGAUAGUACCGUUGUCGUUGGAGAGGGGUCUGGAGAAAGUAUUGUUUCCACUCAUUCUACCCUCCCUUAUGAAAUGACAUCCGCAACACCUGUGCAAAAUAGAAGCUCCCAAGGACCUAUCACAGCAUCGGUUCUUACAAUUCCUGAGGGAGCUCAUGAAGCACCUUCCGCUCAAGUUCAUCGGGUGAAUCAGGCACUGCCUACACAUGGAAAACCCACAGUGAAGGCGCAGCCGAUGGGAGACGAAGAGAAACCAGAGCCUUUUUGGAAGGAUACGAAAACGAUGUGUUUUAUACUAUUUUUGAUUAUAUUGGCAAUCGGGCUAGGAGUAGGUUUUGCAAUCGGGUUGAACAGCACUUCUGAUGAUCCUUCCCUUACAACCAGCCCGCAGAUCACAACUAGUUCUCCAACUCAAGUGGCAAUCUCUUCUGCCCCAAGUCCAUCACCGACAUUUGAAUUUAAUCCACCAAACAUUGUAACCUGCGAAACUGUUUCUGAGGGCAUUGACGUGGACGGUCAGGAGUUAAUGACUCUCAGGAGGUUCACUCUGGAUUUGGAUGUCAUCGCAGUUGAUGGGAUCCAAGACAUCUCUCCAUUCUUGGAAGUCCUCAAAAUCGACCUACUGCAACAAGAAAUUGCUCCAGAGAUAGCUCAGUGCUUUAACGACGGCCGAAAAUUAAAACGUUUGGACCGAUUCGUGGUAGGGAACGCCAUCUUUGAAACGGUUGUCUUGGGCAACUCCGUUUGUGCAUCUGUCACAACUGAAAACUGCUUUCCGAUUCAGUCAACACUGGUAGUUUAUCUAAAAGACGACGAGUCAGAUUCCGAUUUGAUAUCUCAUAUACUGGAUGUAUUUUUGGAAGGUUGGGAAUUUAGCACACUCUUCAAAAGUGUUCAACUGACUGGGGCAAGCUCAUACACAACUGGAGGUAUCUCACGACCGACUGCUGCACCUAGUCACGAAGAAGAAGAUCAUUAUGAUGAAGAUUCAUGA